AUGACGAAUGCUCGACUCGUCCUGGUCUUCGAAAAAGGAGCCGCGCAGCAUGGCGGCGCUUCGGUCUCGAUACGUGGCUGCAAGAGCUCUUCAUAUGAUCAUAAGCCAAUCCGGGAAUGGACGGCUGGUAUCACACUCAACGCUGUGAUUUCCAUCCUAAUCACCAUCUUGGACGCUGCUCUUGCAUUGCCGCUUGCGUCGGGGUUUGGCCAGCUGAAAUGGGUUUUGCUGAAGCGGAAGAAGCAGAUUCUGCAAGACCUCCAGCAAUUGGAUUACGCGAGCAGAAGCACUACGGGCAGUUUCACGCUUCUGUUAUCACUUCGGGGAAGUAUCAUCGGUUCUUUGGGUGCGGUGUUGGCGAUUCUAGUGUUAGCAGUUGGGCCGUUCGCGCAGCAAGUGGUCAGUGUUUCCCUCAAGGAAGAGGUGACCGGGCAAGCAUCGCUUGGGAAAGCUGUCAACGCGACCGAGAUGCUGACAAUCAGUAUGGGAGGCGAAGGAGCGGUUGCGAGCGCCGCACUGCCCAUGAGAGCAGCAUACUACAAUGCUCUUUACGGAUUCCCUACCAGUGGUAGCCUUCCCAACCCCCCGUUUACCUGUCCCUCGGGCAACUGCACUUGGGAUCCAUUUGUCAGCCUGGCAGUCUGCAGCGAGUGCAGAGACAUUGGCGAGCUUGUCCAGCGUGUCGAAUGGACAUCGUUUUCGACUUACGCAAACAUAUCAUAUGUCACCUGGGCGCUGCCGAACGAGUACAAUAAUCUCAACAUCUCGAUCACGGUCGACACUCAAUACGCGAACCUCACCAAUAGAUUUUCGGACGGCAUCAUGAACGUUACUUCAAUAUGGAGUCAGCCGGGUGGGGACAGGUUCCCACUGGAGGGCUCAUUCAUGGCCAUUGCGCUCCUGAACGGCUCAGCAGCGAACCCACUCGAAGUUACCGCGCUGGAUUGUAGCCUCCGAGUAUGUCUGAAUGAGAUAAGAGCACAGACUCACAAUGGUGAAUACACCGAGACUCGGACGGAGAUAGAGAAGACAGUAGCCCAAGAAAUCUCGUCAAACUAUGCUUGGGGCUAUGUGCCGAAAGACCCACGAUGGGAGGGCUCGAUUUUUAUGGUAUUGGGCUUCUUCGUAUACGAACUACAAACCAUGAUAGGAAACAUGUUCAACGGGACAGCCUACGACAAUCGGAAUCACUCGCUUAAGGGUGGCACCCUGGCCUUCGAAUCGGAUGUGAUGCUUUCACUCUGGGAGGGAGGCAACCUAGCCGCACAUCUGGAGUACAUCACGAGGAGCAUAUCGAUACACAUGCGCGAGCAGAACAGUCCAGGGGCCGACUUUGCCAUUGGCAGCUCGCACACUACGGAAGCUUACUACACAGUAAGAUGGCUCUGGUUAAUCCUGCCUAGUGCAGUCGUUGUCCUUGUGGCGACCUUUUCGUUGGUGCUCAUGGUCGAAUCGAGACGGACGAGAGCCAGUCUGUGGAAGAAUAGCAUGCUCGCAACGCUCUUUCACGGACUUGAUGACAGUGCUAGAGGACGGCUCGUGGCCGAACAUAGCAGUGGUUGA